CGUCCUACUUUCCCGUCGCCCUUUGAACGCAGCAUCACGUCUCCUUGGCGCCAUGUUGGCUGAGGCUCUGGUGGUCCGCGGCGGAUGAAUGCAGCCCCUGAUGAACCAUUGUCACAUUUUACCCCAUAACACGGCUCAGAAUCACCGCUCCGGAUGACAACCCUGCGCGGCCACAACCACACUCGACAUGUCUGCGGGGAUUCCCGGCCAACCUGCAAGCAAGCUCAAUGUCCUGGUGAAUAAGCUGCACGAGUUCCUCGCUCAUCCUCCACUUGAAGAGGACAUACCAGAAGGACUUCAAAACGGGGGCCAUGGUUUUCCAAAUACAACAAGUCGGACUGCGGAGGAAUCAAGACCCAAAGAAUCGGCCAGGUCUUCUGGAUCAAAGAGGAAAGCCUCUGUUGUGGUGAAGCACUCCGGACUGGACGAGUCUGGGGAGUCCACGGAGAGCGAGGAGGAAGGGGAACCUCUGUUGGUCGGUUCUAAUGGACACCUGGACAUCAGCAGACUUCCUAAAGGGACCGUGCUUGUCCGGCCCGAGGCCGUGGGCGGCUCCAGGGACGACUUCAGGGGCCCCGAGUUCCGCAGGUCGGGCGUCUCCCGGAAGGAGUUCCCCAGGAGACGGGGAGCGGUCGGGCAUUACGAGAUCGUGAGCUGCACGGCGUGCGGUCGGCAGGUGAACCACUUCCAGAGAGACUCCUUCUACCGCCACCCCAUCCUCAGAGUGCUCAUAUGCAAGUCUUGCUUCAAGUAUUACUCGAGUGACGACAUAAGCAAGGACGGAGAUGGGAUGGACGAGCAGUGCAGGUGGUGCGCCGAGGGCGGGAACCUGAUCUGCUGCGACUACUGCAGCAACGCCUUCUGCAAGAAGUGCAUCCUGCGGAACCUGGGGCGCAAGGAGCUCUCGGGGAUCGUGGAGUGCAAGUGGUACUGCUACGUGUGCAACCCCGAGCCCCUGCUGGACCUGGUGGUGGCCUGCGAGAGCGUCCUGGAGAACCUGGAGAACCUCAGCCGGCACCAGCAGCAGCACCAGCAGCGGAGGCACCGGGAGGAGCCCGAGAAGGAGGCCUUCGCCGCCCUGGCCCCGCGGCCCCAGAUCAUCUCCUUCGAGAAGUGGGACCACAGCGGCAUGGACGGCAACGUGGUGUUCAACUACAACGCCCUGGAGGUCCCCAAGGGGCUGGUGAAGAACGCCAAGCAGCUGGUGGACUCCACCAACGCCCUGAACGCCACGUUUGUGGAGCUGGUCAAGAGCGUGAGGAGCGACAAGCGCACCCGCGGCGCGCGGCCGCUGUACCUCAAGGCCUUCCUGCUGGUGCUGAAGGGCCUCCGGCGGUCCCACGAGCUGCUGGAGGAGAGCCUGAAGGAGGUGUUCUGUGACGUGGACCUGGUGGACUGCUGCGAGGCCGCCCUCCGCCCUCCGCCGGACACGGGAGUGGAGCCGCCGCGGGGCGACGCCGGGUCGGCGACGGAGCUCGCCGACCGGAGUCGUUUGACCGACCUGCAGAACCUGGCGGCCGAGCAUCUGGAGAAGGACGACCCUGAGGUCAAGGGGCUGAUGGACGAGGUCCAGACCUUCUACGCUGAGAAGGCUGCCUCCGAGGACGCAGCUCAGCCGCCGCAAAGACCCGCGCUCUUGGCCCCGAAGGCAAACCUGAAGCAUUCUCACGGUUUGCUCAAAAAACUAGUAUUGAAACUCACACCUGUGCCUGUGGAACAACAACAACAACAACAACAACAACAGGAGCAGCAGCAGCCGGAAGCUCCCGGCGCCGUCGGCGAGGGUGUGCAGGUCUCCGACGAGGUCAAAGAGGCGUUGGGAGCGGAGGCGGAGCCUCAAGACACUGGCGUCUGUCUGAUGAAGGACGCGGAGGAGAGGGCGGCGGAGGCCCCCGCCGAGUCGCCGCGGCCGGAGGAGGAGCAGCCAGACAACCGGCGGUGUCCCAGGGUGAAGACCACGCCCCUCCGGCGUCCCAGCGACGUCAAGGCCCAGCCCUCGAUGUCCACCGUCGACAGCGGCAGCGACUCGGACGCCGAGGGCGCGGCGGUGGCGGCGGCGGCCGACCUGGCCUCGGACGCCUCGGCCCCGGGGAGGGACGACGGCUCGGAGGAGUCGGACGAGGUGCCCGCCGCCCUGCUGCAGCGCGCCGCCAUGACGGCGCACAGCUCGGACGAGGACGCGGCGGCCGCCGCGGCGCGUCCCGCGCAGGUGAAGAAGAAGUGCCUGAUCCCCAUGUCCCGGGCCACGCCGCUGUCGCCCAACCGGGUCUACCGCAAGCGGAAGCUCUACUCGGAGGCCAGCGGGAGGCGGGCCAAAGCGCGGCGGGUGGGCUCGGGGUCCUCCUCCGACGACCCGAAGGAGGCUGAGGAGAACGCCGACGGUGGCGGCGGCGGCGGGGGGGGUCCCCCGAGCGCUGAGGUCAUGGGGUCCCGCGUGGACCAGCGCGGGACCGCGCUCGAAGACCCGCCCGCCGCUAGCGCGCCCACGCCGUCCGGCAACAGAGCCAAGCUCCCGAGGAAGAGCCGGCGCCCCUCCUCCCCUUCCUCCUCCUCCUCCACCAGCGAAGGGGAAGAGGCGGGACCGGGCGCGGGCACCGGAUCGGGGAGCGAGUCGGACGACCAGCGCAUGAAGACCAUCACGGAGAACGUGUCCUUGCUGGGAGCCUCGGGGUUCCAGCAGUCCUCCGGUGAUGAAGACCUGUCCCACUCUGGGCCCUCUUGGGCAGCAGAAGAUGACGAUGACCCAGAAAAUAGAAUCGCUAAGAAAAUACUCUUGGCCCAAAUCAAAGCCGACUACUCUUCGGGGGACGAUUUGUCGUCGGACGAUGACCUGCAGGAAGAGGAAGACUCCACUUCAGAGGAAGAGGAGGGGGUUGAGGGCAGGAAGGAGGACGAAGGCGAUAACGGAGAGCGGGAGUCCGGCUCCGCCUCCGAGGCCUCCGGCAGCGGGUCCGACGCCCCCGGAAGCAGACACCACCUCCUCCGUCACAAGCUCACCUUCGGGGACAAGGCCCCCACCCAGAAGGAGGGCAAGAGGACCGCCAAGACCCCCCGAGAGGCUGACCGAGGCGGCGACAGUGGCGGGGAGGACACGUCCACCACGUCGGUGUCGGCGUCGGACCAGGACCAGGACCUCUGUGAGGAGCUGAGUCUGUCGGAGAUGGACGAAGGAGACGACGAGGGGGAGGAGGACGAGGAGGGCGGAGGAAGGUCCAAAAGGGGGUCUGUCAGCGGGGACAAUGAGGGCACCCGGAGCUACCUCCAGAGGCUGCAGAAGACCAAGCCGUCCUACAUCGUGCUGUCGGACUCUGACAGCGAAGGGAAGGAGAAGGAGGAGGAGGAGGAGGACAGCAAGAACACGUCGAAGGGCAGGAGGAAGAUCCGCGGCAUCCUGAACGACGAGCACCUCCGGGCGGAGACGCUGGCGGCGCUCCGGGAGGAGGAGGAGCGCCGGGAGCGGCUGGCGGAGCGGGAGAAGCAGAGGGACGAGCUCAGAGAGGUGAUCGUCAUCGGCGACGAGCUGUCCCAAGUGGUGGAGCCCAUCACCACCAAGCUGGUCCUGGACGUGGACGGGCCCACCAAGGAGCCACUGGUCCAGGUGCACCGCAACCUGGUCACCAGGCUCAAGCCCCACCAGGUGGACGGGGUGCAGUUCAUCUGGGACUGUUGCUGUGAGUCGGUGCAGAAGGCCAACUCCUCGCCGGGCUCGGGCUGUAUCCUGGCCCACUGCAUGGGCCUGGGCAAGACGCUGCAGGUGGUGACGUUCCUCCACACCAUGCUGCAGUCGCGCUGCCUGCGGUUCCGGACGGCGCUGGUGGUCUGCCCGCUCAACACCAUCCUCAACUGGGUGGCCGAGUUCAGCAAGUGGCAGGAGGGGAUGGGCAGCGACCGGGUCACGGUGACGGAGCUGGCGACGGUGAAGAACGCGGUGGGCCGGCAGCUGGCGCUGCAGCGCUGGCAGCGGGACGGGGGGGUGAUGAUCAUGGGCUACGAGAUGUACCGCAACUUCUCCCUGGGCCACCGGAUAAAGGACCCCGGCGCCAAGAAGGUCUUCCACAGCACGCUGGUGCAGCCCGGUCCAGACUUUGUGAUCUGUGACGAGGGCCACAUCCUGAAGAACGAGGCGUCCAACAUCUCCAAGGCCAUGAGCUCCAUUGGGACCCGGAGGAGGGUGGUGCUGACUGGGACCCCCCUCCAGAACAACCUGGUGGAGUACCACUGCAUGGUCAGCUUCAUCAAGGAGAACCUGCUGGGCUCUCUGAAGGAGUUCAGGAACCGCUUCAUCAACCCCAUCCAGAACGGUCAGUGUGCCGACUCCACCCCCCGCGACGUCCGCAUCAUGAAGAACCGCGCGCACGUCCUGCACGCCAUGUUGGCCGGCUGCGUACAGAGGAGGGACUACUCGGCCCUGACCAAGUUCCUCCCCCCCAAACACGAGUACGUCAUGGCGGUGAGGGUGACGCCGCUGCAGUACCGCCUCUACCGCCACUACCUGGACCACUACACCACGGUGGGACCGGCAGGGGAUGGCGGCAGGGUGAAGCCCGGGGCCGGGUCCAGCCUCUUCAAGGACUUCCAGAUCCUGGGUCGCGUAUGGACCCACCCCUGGUGCCUGCAUCUCAACUACAUCAGCAAGGAGAACAAGGGGAAGUUUGAUGGGAAGAACCAGAUAAAAGCUUCUGCCCUGUUGAGUCCAGACGGCGCUACCACGAUCAGGAGUGAGGGAGGAGGAGGAGCAGGAGGAGACGGGGAGGUGCAGAGCUCAGGGAGCGGGGCGACGUCAAACCAACCCUUCCCAGCUGCAGGGGCGGGGCUGUCGAACAGCUGGACUGCGAACGGCCCGUCGUCGGAGGGGUGGUACCGCGACCUCUUGACCCCCAGCGACGCCUCGGUCCUGGAGCAUUCUGGGAAAAUGGUGCUCCUGUUCGAGAUCCUCCGCAUGGCCGAAGAGCUGGGGGACAAAGUUCUGGUGUUCAGCCAAUCCCUGAUCUCGUUGGACCUGAUGGAGGACUUCCUGAUGAUCGCCCACAAGAACAGGAAGUCUGGAGACACCUUUUAUAAAGGGAACAGUUCCUGGGUCAGGGACGUGGACUACUACCGCCUGGACGGCACCACCAACGCUACGCUCAGGAAGAAGUGGGCGGAGAACUUCAACAACACCGCCAACACCCGGGGCCGGUUGUUCCUGAUCUCCACGAGGGCGGGGUCCCUGGGCAUCAACCUGGUGGCCUCCAACCGGGUCAUCAUCUUCGACGCCUCCUGGAACCCCUCCUACGACAUCCAGAGCAUCUUCAGGGUGUAUCGCUUCGGACAGCUCAAGAACGUCUUCGUCUACCGCUUCCUGGCCCAGGGAACGAUGGAGGAGAAGAUCUACGACCGGCAGGUGGCCAAGCAGUCGCUGUCGUUCCGUGUGGUGGACCAGCAGCAGAUCGAGAGGCACUUCACCCUCUUCGAGCUCACGGAGCUCUACAUGUUUGAGCCCGACAUGCUGGACGACCCCAACUCCAAGAAGAGCAAGCGCACCACCACCACCCAACAGCCAACGGACGUGGUGCUGUCUGAGCUGCUGAAGAGCUGCAAGGACCAGAUCGUGUCGUACCACGAGCACGAGACCCUGCUGGACCACAAGGCCGACGAGGAGCUGAGCGAGGCGGAGCGCAAGGCGGCCUGGGCCGAGUACGAGGCCGAGGGGGUCUUCCUACUGAACAAGCAGCCCCGGUCCGGUCCCCUCCCCCUCCAGAACUCAGACCCCGACCUCCGCCCCGCCACCCUCCGGAUGAAGACCAGCGAGCAGCUCAUGGGUCUGGUGAAGCAGAGCCAGGGGGUGGUGAACGCAGCCUGGGUCAAUGUUCAGUCUCUGGCCUGCAUCAGCCUUCAGGACUACAUCGAGAGAGUGCGCGUGCAGCACGCCACGGCCCCUGAGCAGGUGGUCCGGGAAAACGCGGAGCGAUGUCGGCUCUCCGACGAGCAGGAGCGGCAGCGGCGGCAGGCCGUGUUCGAGGAGGUCCUCGCCCAGCAGCAGCUGCUGACCCAGUGCAUCGAGGGCAUCCUGAGCAGCCGGCGUGACCAGGGGAUUCAGGCUGCCAUGGCAACCGCCCGUCCAUCCCAGGGAGCGGCGAGGGCACAGAGCCACGCGCUGUAGCGGCACGGACCCCCUGCCCCCCCUCCCCCUCUUCCAUUUUUAUUUAACUUUGAAUAAAGCAGCUUUGUUAGGAUUAGCAUUACGAUGCCAAGAGUUGAAUUUGCACUUUAACAAACUUCGUCUGGACGAGCCAGCGGAGAGUAACGAACAUGUUACUCAAGGUCACAUCAGUCUGUGUUCUCACUGAUGUCGUUAGUUCACUGAGUGUCCACGGCGGGGCACACUGAUUCGUCCAGUUGUUUCUUAUGAGUUUGGUUGUUGCUUUACCGUACGAUUUGAAGCAGUGAAGUUCACAGCAGAAGUAUUUUUUUAACGUGGUAAAGUGCAGAGAAGAGAUACCGGUUGUAUCCGGUUUUCGACUUAUUUUAUCUUCUCAAAAAUAGUCCUGGUUUUAUAAUAAAGACAUUUGUAAGAACCUCUGUCGUCUUCUUGAAAGGGUUUUAACAUUGGUAACACUCCAGCAGUCACACAAGGGUGAAUAUUGUUCUUGUUUGGGAUAUCGAAGGAAUAUUCUUACCCUCCUUCAAGAGUUGGAUACUCAACACAUUUGUUUUAUGACCCGAGGCUGUUCAGAACAGAUUAUUUCCAACUAGUGGAACCAACAUGAAACGUUUCUCCUUCUUCCAUAAACAAAGAAGUUCAUAAAUGUUCAUCAUAUUUCUGCUGCUGCAGGAAACACUGCAGUCCUGCUCAUUCAACCAGAGACAAUCG